GGCAGUAGCCGUGUAGGCUCAGUGUCAAGCGUUGUUGAUUGUCCUAUGCCUUAUUUAUUCCAAGCCUCUUGCGAAUUGACUAAAGAAGAAAUAUUCGUGAUGACAUUAAGAAAGCUACGGAGAAACACACCAUUCAUUGAUCUGGCUGAUGAUUACGCUAUAUGUGUGAACACAGCAUCUAAAUAUUUUCAUCGAACUGUAAAAGUUAUGCAUGAUUGUUUACAAUACGUUCUUGAACCUCCGCCAAAGGAAAUAAUCAUACGGCAUACUCCGCAGGCCUUCAAGCGUUACUAUGGGAACAGGAGGGUGUUGGUGAUGGAUUGCUUCGAAGUUCGCACCGAGCGACCUGGUAUCCCAAAAGCAGCAAACGCGCACCAUAGCGCGUAUAAGAUGUCGUCUACAACAAAGUUUUUGAUAGUAAUGGCAGCAGAUGGUAGCGUGGCUUUUGUCUCCAACGCAUACGUGGGACGUUGCUCGGACAGAUUUAUUACUGUAUCGUCAGGAUUCUUAGAACUUAUCGAGCCGGAUGAUGUUAUAUUAGCUGAUAAAGGUUUCGAUAUCGCCGAUCUUAUAGAAUCAAGAGGAGCAACGCUGAAUAUACCCACUUUUCUACGGAAAAACGUUCAAAUGAACCCAUUAAACAUUGAACGUGAUAGACAGAUCACAUCAUUAAGAGUUCACGUGGAAAGAAUGAUUGGACGAAUCAAAGAAAAGUACACUUUUCUAAAUGGGACAAUUCAAGUAAAUUCUCUGAGACGUUCGGAAAAUAACGGUAACACUGUUGAUCUGAUUACACGCCUUGCGUGUAUUUUAUUAUCUUUCAACAAGUCGAUUGUAAGUGAUUGA